CCAGAGAUGAUAAUAGAUGUUUCCCAUUCAUUAAACAUUUUAGUUCUGUCUUUGGAUCAAUUAAUCAACUUGGUAGAUCGAAACAUCUUACGUCCCCUCAAUGUCUUGACUUCGCACUUCGUAUCCUAAAUGUGAUUAAAAUCGAACAUUCACAUUUCCAUAGUUUACACAUUCAUUCAUCUAAUUUAAAUAAAGACUCGUCGAUCGUAAUUAACAAUACUACAAAAUCAUUAUCAACUAAAGAUAAUAAAUUAUCAUCGUCAUCAAUAAUACUUCAUGAAUCAUUAGAUGAUCCAUUAUCUAUAUUAUUAAAGGAAAUAUUAUCUCCG